GAUACAUGAGACAUUAUUAAAAAGAAAACAGGAGACCAAAUUAAAUAGAAACUAAUAGUAAAACUCCUAGUAGAUUAUAAACAGCUCGACUUUUAAGAGUUCAUUCACCUAGUACAUCUUAAAGUCCAUUUAGAAGCAUUAAUAAUAAAAUAGCUGUUAUGAAUUACUUACCACCUUCAACUAUGCCAAAAUCACCAACUUCAUAAAUAACAUAUUUUAAGAGAAAGAAAAGUAAAUAAGAUGAUAUGCUUGAUGAAACUAUAAGUAAACUCAGUUUUUUAGAAAAAAAGAUUGCUCAUAUAAUGGAGAAAAAUGAUUAAUUAAGAUCUCAUCUUAAAAAAACAGAAACAGAUUCAGUAGAAUCCUAUUCAUAUUACUUAAGUGGACCUACAAGAUCUAAUAAGUAAUCAAAUUGUAUUAGUUAACAUACAUUGCAAUCUUAUGUAAAUUCUGUUAAAUAAACAAUUCAUACUACUCAUUCUCCUAUUGAUAGUUCAAGAUUCUAAGAUCAGAUUGCUGGUCAUCAUAGAACUUCUACUAAAACUCCAUCUGUUGGAAAAUUCAAAAAAUCAAACAUAACAAUUAAAGAAGAUGUUUAAAAUGGAAGAGGAAGAAAAGUAUACGAAAAUGGUUUUGUUUAUGAUGGAGAUUGGCUAAAUGGAAUGAGAUAGGGUAAUGGUACUUUAAAAGAUUUUAAUUAAAAUAUUGUUUAUUAAGGUUAAUGGUUAAAUGAUCAAUUUUCAGGAAGAGGAAAAUUUGUAAAUUCAGAUUUUUAAGAAGACGAAUUCAAAUUAGUAAACUUUAAGUAGUUUAAAUUAGUUUAACAUUAAUUCACUUCUUAUGAAGGAGAAUUUAGAAAUGGAUAGUUUCAUGGUUAAGGUGUAAUGAUUUUUAAUUGUGAAGGAGAAGAGUAUAAAUUUGUAGGAGGAUUUGCAUAGGAUGGAUUUCAUGGAGUAGGAACAUUGUCUUAAGAGGAAAGAGUAAUAUUACAAGGGAAAUGGAUUUAUGGAUGUUUUGUUUGA